AUGCCGUUGUGUGCAUUCAGCAGUCACACCCAUUCACAGUCCCAUAUUGCUAAACCAAUGAGCGUUGGGUCACCCACUUUCUCAAGUUCACAAGAGCCCAUAAAAGAUGAAGACUCGCUUCACAAAGGAAGAAAGCGGAAGGCAACCACACAAGCCGUUCAAAUAAGCCCCAUUUGCCAGCAUGAAAUAGAAAAUAUUCAUACAACUGAGCUACCUUCUCCCGACGGUGCCUGCCAGUAUGUCAAGGACAGACUAAUGGGGAAGAUUACCUGCAUGGUGUGUGGCAAAGAAGGGCAUUACACUUGUGAUUGCCCCAUGAAGGAUCAAGAGGAAAAGGUCAUAUGCACUCUUUGUAACAAGGCUGGCCACUGUCAUUUGUGGUGUUGUCGACAGAAUGUGUCAGAGAAUCUUGCUUGCCAUCGUUGUGGCGAAAAAGGGCACUACGCCAAUAAGAAGCUCAGUCAUUUUGGCGAAACGUGCAGUCAUAAUAGGGAAAUCAGUUGCUCCAGCUGUGAUACAAACCAUCUACUCGGAGAUUGUCCUAUGGGAAAAAUUACAUGUUUCCUUUGUGAGGGGAAACAUCAUGUGCCUGCUCAGUGCCGCUUAAGUCCAAUCCUCACUAUAGCAACUCAGUAUCAUCGAGAAAGUUUACGUGCCACGCUGAAUAAGUUAAUGACAGAAACAAGUAGCAGAACAUUGACACCAGUGAAGCCAUCUGGAAAAUUGCCACAUUAUAAAGCAGUGCCCAAGGUCUCAAACUUCAGCAGUAGUAAUGGGCAGGGCCAUUCUGCGAAGAAGAACCCCAUGAGAAGUGAGUUUCAUGGUUGA